GGAAAAUGCGUCAUUUCCUUGUGCUGCAACUGACGUGUCUAAAGCGAAGCAGUAGUUGCGGUGGUGUAAGGACUUGGAGGAAAAUCAGACCAGUCUCAAACUAUAUAUCUGCUUCGUGGUGGCAAGAUGCUGGAUUUCUUCACGAUCUUCAGUAAGGGAGGCAUAGUGUUGUGGUGUUUUCAGGGAACUGGUGUUACCGAAUCCUUCACUGGGCCCGUGAACGCACUGAUCCGUUCAGUGAUCCUACAGGAACGCAGUGGAAACAAUUCUUUUACUCAUGAUGCCCUAAGUCUUAAGUACAAGUUGGACAAUGAGUUCGAGUUGGUUUUUGUGGUGGGUUUUCAAAAGAUUCUGACGUUGACAUAUGUGGACAAGUUCAUAGAUGACGUACAGCUUAAAUUUAGGGAUCGCUACAAGAAUGAGCUGGAACAAAAGGGGGCUCUCAAGUUUUUGAACAACAACUUUCAGUUUGAGGAUGACUUCAAGAUGCUUCUCCGUGAGGCGGAAGAGGGCAGCAAAUCUCGAGGCCCUGUUUCCAUGCGGGCUUUCAAGGAGUCCCAGAAAUCCCAGAAAACUGUGAAGUCUAUGAUUGAGACGAAGGGUGGUGACAAGGCCAAGGAACAGGGUAGCAAGAAGAAUAAGAAUUCCAAAAAAGAGGCUCCUGCGGCUGAGGUGGGGAAAGGGGAACAAGUCAAGGCACAUGGCGGUGGCCAGAACGCUGUGGAGAACGGUAACCAGGGCUUGACCAACGAAGAGAUCAUGCAGAAGAACAGAGAGCAGUUCUUCCGGAAGCGCAUGGGGGUUCCUGUGGAGAAGCCCAGCAAGUCUCCCAAGCCCCAGAAGCCCAAGGGGAAGGAGAAUCGUGUGUGGGUGUUGGGCGGCAGCAGCACAAAAGAACUGGACUACAGUGACAGACAGAGCAACGGGAACGACCGCAACGAUGUCCAUGAAGUGGACUUGGGCAUGCAGCUGAGGCCAAUGUCAGGAGACCUGCUUCCAGUCGACAACGAAUCCAGCGAGGGAGGAGACGAGGAGAUGGAGGAGGAGGAGGAGGAAGAAGAGGAGGAGAUGGUGGCCGUUGCUCACGCCAGUAAAAAAAGCUCCAAAAAGGGGGGUGGAUUUGGGGGGAUGUUUGGGAUGCUCAAGGGCCUGGUGGGCUCCAAGAGCCUGAGCUGCGAGGACAUGGAGCCCGUUCUGGACAAGAUGAAGGACCACCUCAUCGCAAAGAAUGUAGCAGCUGAAAUAGCCUCCCAGCUCUGUGACUCUGUCGCCAAGAAGCUGGAGGGCAAAGUCAUGGGCACUUUCACUACUGUGGCCUCCACUGUAAAGCAGGCUUUGCAGGACUCUCUGGUCCACAUCCUGCAGCCCAAGCGGCGUGUGGACAUCCUCCGAGAUGUCCUGGAGGCCCGCAGCCAGCGCCGGCCCUUCGUCAUCACCUUUUGCGGGGUCAACGGGGUCGGCAAGUCCACCAACUUGGCCAAGAUCUCCUUCUGGCUGAUCGAGAACGGCUACACUGUUCUGAUUGCGGCGUGUGACACGUUCCGCGCCGGGGCAGUGGAACAGCUGAGGACCCACCAGCGGCGCCUCUGCUCCCUGCGGCCCCCCCAGGAGCACGGGGGCCGCCCCGUGGUGCAGCUGUACGAGAAGGGCUACGGCAAGGAUGCGGCAGGCAUCGCCAUGGAGGCUAUUGCCUAUGCGCGUAACCAGGUCUUUGACGUGGUACUGGUGGACACCGCUGGCCGCAUGCAGGAUAACGGCCCGCUGAUGACGGCCCUUGCCAAGCUGAUUGCCGUCAACAUGCCUGAUCUGGUGCUGUUCGUGGGCGAGGCCCUGGUGGGCAACGAGGCUGUGGACCAGCUGGUGAAGUUUAACCAGGCUCUGGCUGAUCACUCCAUGUCUGACAAACCACGCCUCAUAGACGGGAUCGUUCUUACAAAGUUUGACACCAUCGAUGAUAAGGUGGGUGCUGCCAUCUCCAUGACAUACAUCACAGGCCAGCCCAUCGUGUUCGUGGGCACUGGACAAACCUACAACGACCUGCGCAGCCUCAAUGCCCGUGCUGUGGUCAGUGCCCUCAUGAAGGCCUGAGAUAUACGGGGUUACUGUCGUCUGCUACCACGACAAACGCAAAACCAC